CUCUCUCUCUCUCUACAUAUAUAUAUAUUUUAAGUUGAUUUAUUUAUUUAUGAUAAGUCGGCGUGGUUCAACGUAACUGGACAUUAGCACAAUUCAACCGUGCACGUCAUCCAUUCGCACCGAAUUUUUCUUCAACGUGAAACAGCGGCCCACGGUGUUCUCCUCCGUCAAACCUCAGAAACUAAAGAAAGAAGGAAAAAAAAAAAAAAAGAAGCUAUCUGUGAGUCGAAUUCCGCUAAAUGAAGACGAGUUUUAAGGGAACUAGAGAUGGAUUUACCGAGAUUUACCGGAGAGAGAUGGGCUUGUCUCGGCCCAGAGACGUAACUCGCUGGUUCGCUGCUUCAGAGGAGCUGGUGAAGCAAAUCAAUCUUAAUGGAAAGUUAAAUGGUCAUGAGGGUUGUGUGAAUGCAGUAGAAUUCAACUCUACCGGUGACCAUCUUGUGUCAGGUUCUGAUGACAAAAAUGUUAUAUUUUGGACUUGGAAAACCGGAAGAAAAUUAUUCUCAUAUCCUUCUGGACACUUUGAUAACAUAUUUCAAACACGAAUUAUGCCUUUCACUGAUGAUUGUAAAAUAGUAACUUCUGCUGCUGAUGGCCAGGUGAGGUUUGGACAAGUUUCAGAGGAUGGCCAAGUUGAUACAAAGAGGUUGGGGAGGCACCAAGGGCGUGUGUACAAGCUUGCUGUGGAGCCAGGAAGUCCCUACAUCUUAUAUAGCUGUGGUGAAGAUGGUUUCAUCCAACAUUAUGAUCUGCGAAGUUAUAGUGCUACAAGGCUUUUCCAUUGCUCGUCAUUCACAAAAAACAGCAAGCAUCACCAAAAUAGCAUAAGUUUGAAUGCUAUUGUAAUUGACCCGAGACAUCCUGUUUACUUUGCUGUAGGAGGUUCUGAUGAAUAUGCACAUGUUUAUGACAUAAGAAAAUGUAAAUGGGAUGCAUCAUGUAGUUCAGAUGUACCUGUGAACACGUUUUGUCCCCGUCAUCUGAUUGGGAAUAAUAAUAUUCACAUCACUGGGUUGGCUUAUUCAAGCACAAGUGAACUGCUUAUUUCCUACAAUGAUGAACUCAUUUAUAUGUUUGAGAAUAACAUGGGACUGGGUUCCUCACCAUCAUCUAUACCUCGUGAAGACAUACAGAAAGUUGAAGAGCCACCUGUUUACAUGGGCCAUAGAAAUUCAAAGACAGUUAAAGGAGUGAAUUUCUUUGGCCCCAAUGAUGAAUAUGUCAUGAGUGGGUCUGACUGUGGCCAUAUAUUUAUUUGGAAGAAGAAGGGUGGUAAAUUGAUACGAUUAAUGUUUGGUGACCGGCAUAUUGUAAAUCAGCUUGAGCCCCAUCCCCAUUUGCCUAUGUUUGCUACUUGUGGAAUAGAAAAAAGUGUGAAGCUCUGGGCUCCUAUGGCAAGCAAAGUUCCUCCAUUGCCUGACAAUGCAGAAAAGAUUAUGGAGUCUAAUAGGCAGGGAAGAGAGGACCAUUCACGGAUAAAUCUUACUCCUGAUGUUAUAAUGCAUGUUUUGAGGCUGCAGAGGCGGCAAACACUGGCAUAUAUUGAAAGGAGAUACAGUCGAGCUGAUCUUGAGAGUGAUGAUGAAGAAGAAGGGGAGGCUUAUGUUUUAGGAUUUUCAGAUAGCGAUGCCUCUUCUGAGGGGGGUGGAAACUCCAGAGAGUGCACCAUCAGCUAGUGUUUAUAGUUUAUUAAGUAAGCCCAAUUUUUGUUUUUUCUUUACUUGUAUUUAGUUUCAAUGUACUGUAUAAAGAAAGUUCAAUUAGAUACAUUCUACCUGUAGUUACCUCAUCUUAAUGGUUGGAUUGCUUACAGUUCAA